AUGGCAUCUGUCGAGUUGCCCUCAGCUGCUGCGGAGCUCAAGGACAAGGGCAACAAGCGCUUCGCAGAAAAAGACUUCAAGCAAGCUCUUUCAUACUAUACCGAAGCCCUCAGAGCCGUCCCCAAAAAUGCCGUGCUGCUAUCCAAUCUUGCGGCAACCCACCUAGCACUGAAACAGUGGAGCAAGGCGCUGGAACGCGCUGAGGAAUGCCUGGCGGCUGACCCCGACUUCCUCAAAGCGUACGGCCGGAAAGCGGCAGCCCAGAUGGGCCUCUUCCGAUCUCCCCCACUCGCUCACACCGCCCUGUCCUUCCUGGUGGGCGAAUCUCUGGGCCCCCACUCCCCCUGGCCCAACAAGGCCUUCAUGUCCGCAUUCCUGGGCGCAGAGAAGGAGUUCCUGAAGCACUUCCGUCCGGAGCACCUGCAGCUGCGGGCCUUGGAGGCCCGAAUGCCGCUCACAAUCGUGGUGGUGGCGGGGGCGCAGCGGAUACGGGGGCAGUCGGCGGACCCGCGCGGGCGCAUGGACUCCGAUUCGGACCGCGGCACGGAGCACUCCAAAGUGCUGCGGCGGCUGAUCGAGGCGGGGGCCCGGGUGGACGCGCGGGACGCAGCGGGGUGGACGGCACUGCACCACGCCACGGCCCACCACGCGGUUCUGGAUCUAGCCGAGAUGUUGCUGGAAGCAGGCGCGGAUGUGAACGGACAGGAUAGGUAUGGCACGUACCCUUUGGUGAGCGCCACGAUGACUGCGGAGGUACGGUCCGUACGGCUGCUGUUGAAGUACGGCGCCAAACCCGACUUGAAGGACAACGAUGGGUGCGACGCGCUGGGAGUGUCACGGUACAACACGGAGAUCCAGUCCCUGCUGUACAACGCCCACCAGAACAAUAGUAAAGCUCCAGCCGCUGUGACCCGUCCGGGCGUGGAUAACGACUCCUACACCUCUGCCUCUGACGGGUUGGUGGUGAUGGUGGUGCUGCCGCACGAGUUGCUGGUCUCCAUCGUUUUGAACAGUGGCUUCCUGUCGCUGACAAACGUACAGGCGAACUUCGGGAAUAUGAUGUCGAGGAUGGCGGGCGGCACGGGCUCCAAAUCUCGUCGUACUCCGGCCGCCACCUUUCAAAACCCCGCCGACAGGGACCAGAUGCUGGCCCUGGUCGCCAGUCGCGCCACCCGGCAGUCCGCGAUUAAAGUGAAGAUCCAAGUGCCCCCCCCCCUGUCCGCGUCGGCACGCAAGGAAUUGGGCGACGAGGCCGACAUGAUGUUGUGCUACAACGAGGACCGGUCCCUCGUGUGCCGCCUAGUACCGCGGGGGGCCCCCCAUAUCCAACCCAACUCGGGCUUUCAGCUCCAACAUGCCCGUGUCCGUGUCCAUGUGCGGCCCUUUCCGCCCCUCCGUACACAAUCCUCAUCCGCUCCCGAAUGUCCCCCCGAAUCUGCCACUUGUCGUACCUCGCUUGGUCGUCCGGGUACGACAUCAGACGGUACCAAGCCACACGGCCAGCUGCUGGCGAGCUUGAUCAGGCAAAAAGGCAUUCUGGGGCUCAAGGGCUACUUCGCCGCCUACUUUGACGACCGCUGCGCGAAAAAGGUAUAUGCCGUGUAG